UCGAGAUAGUUUUUCAUGUUUCCAGAAUCCAGUCAAUCCAGUCGUCCAUUUUCUGGAUUCAUGCCAACGCGCGAUUAUCGGCUUCCAAAAUAUCAUCAUCAAAGAGGAAUGAAUAGUCAAGUAUCGGACCGAAGACGAUGAAGAGAUCGAACCAAUCCGUAGAUUAGGAAGGAAGUCAACACGGAAGACGGCGACUCCAUCCAGAAUAACUCGUCGACGCGCAGAUCCGAACUCAGUUCCACCCUCGUUCUUCUCCUAAGCUGGAGAUCCCGAGGGCGUAGGAUUCAUCGGCGACAGGCUCCGUCUCGGAAGGAUCCGAUGGUGCGGCGGUCGUUCGCCUCAGGACUGUGGCGGUACCUCCACCCCGCCUACUACCUGAAGCGGCCGAAGCGGCUUGCCUUCCUCUUUAUCGUUUUCGUGGUUGCUACCUUCGCCAUCUGGGAUAGGCAGUCUCUGAUCCGCGAGCACGAGGCAGAGAUCGUUAAAAUUCAGGAAGAAUUAAACAGAUUGCAAGAUCAGUUGCGGAAAUCUAGUGUUUUAGACGAGAUGAGUGAGAAUGUCAAGUUUAUUAGGGAAGUUGAAAUGGAUCCUGUUAACUAUGAACGUAGGGAAAAGGUUAAAAAGGCUAUGCUUCAUGCAUGGAACUCAUAUGUAGAGUACGCUUGGGGCCAAGACGAGCUUCAGCCACAAUCAAAGAAUGGUGUAAAUAGUUUUGGUGGUCUUGGAGCAACCCUUGUAGACUCUUUGGAUACAUUAUACAUAAUGGGCUUGAAGGAUGAAUUUCAGAAAGCUAGAGAGUGGAUUGCAACUUCAUUAGACUUCAACAAAGACUAUGUAGCAAGUGUUUUCGAGACAACCAUAAGAGUUGUGGGUGGACUCCUUAGUGCGUAUGACAUGUCUGGGGACAAGUUAUUUCUUGACAAGGCUAAAGACAUUGCUGAUAGACUGUUACCAGCAUGGGAUUCGCCAACUGGCAUUCCUUACAAUAGAAUUAACUUGGCUCAUGGAAACCCUCAUAACCAUGGAUGGACGGGGGGAGAAAGUAUUCUGGCAGAUUCUGGCACUGAACAGCUUGAAUUUAUAGCCUUGUCCCAAAGAACAGGAGAUCUGAAAUACCAGCAAAAGGUAGAGAAGGUCAUCAGGCAACUGCAGAAAACAUAUCCUAGUGAUGGUUUACUUCCAAUAUACAUAAAUCCACAUUCAGGGGUAGCAAAACCUUAUUCAACUAUUACAUUUGGUGCUAUGGGUGACAGUUUCUAUGAGUAUUUACUUAAAGCGUGGAUACAAGGAAACAAAACAGAAGGUUUGAAGCAUUAUAGAGAAAUGUGGGAAACAUCAAUGGAAGGGUUAGUUAGUCUGAUACGGAAAUCAACUCCCUCUUCUUUUUCAUAUAUCUGUGAGAAAACUGGAAACUCUCUAUCUGACAAGAUGGAUGAAUUGGCAUGCUUUGCGCCAGGCAUGUUAGCUUUAGGAUCCUCUGGCUAUGCCCCUGAAAAAGCUGAGAAGAUGUUAUCACUCUCAAAGGAGCUUGCUUGGACUUGCUAUAAUUUUUACCAAGUAACCCAGACAAAAUUAGCUGGAGAAAAUUACCUCUUUCGUGAGGGGCAGGACAUGAGUGUUGGAACCUCAUGGAAUAUACUGAGACCGGAAACUGUUGAAUCACUUAUGUACCUUUGGCGUUUAACCGGAAACAAAACAUACCAAGAAUGGGGUUGGAACAUAUUUCUAGCAUUUGAAAAGAAUUCUCGUAUAGAUUCUGGUUAUGUGGGCCUAAAGGACGUUAACACAGGCAUGAAGGACGAUAUGAUGCAGAGCUUCUUCCUAGCAGAGACACUCAAGUAUCUCUACCUUCUCUUUUCCCCGCCCUCAGUCGUCUCAUUAGACGAGUGGGUUUUCAACACUGAAGCCCAUCCUUUAAGAAUCAUUCCAAGAACUGACACCGUACCAGAGUUGGGUGGUGAAGAUGAGGCAAAACCUCAAUCCAAAGUUAUCGAUAGGCGGCGGCCAUUCGGGCGAAAGGAAGGAAGAAUAGCUGAUCACAACUAACAGUUUUGUAGUUUAUUUCAUUUUCAGUUCAACCAAAUUCCCUCUUAUAGCAGCCUCAGAUGUUACUAAGAAGCAGGGUUUGUUCCUGCUAGCAGAAUCUCCAUCAUUAUUUGGUUCCCUGAACCCAAGGAGCAUUAUCCGAAAUUGUAUUUAACUUACAGAAUCUGUCCUCUAUGAUUACAGAUUACUUUGCUUGUUUAUAACAUUGAUCCUGUAAAAAAAACUAUUGAUGAGCCUAGUUAGUCUUAUUAAUUUUUUAUAAGAUGACAGGUUCAUUCUUAUAAAAAUUUUUCAUUGACCAAUAA